AUGGCAACAAAUCAACCAGUAAAGCCGACAAAAGCCUUUUGUCUCAAAGCUCUAGAUGAAGCUGUAUAUGAGAUAAUAAAAGACCAGACUUACAGUGACACUACAGUAAACUACUUGAAUGAUAAGAUUGUUUCUGCAUUAACUUUGAAGUUUAAAGGUAAGAGUAUACGGAUUGGUUUAAAGUAAAAGGAUCUUAACCUUUUACAAAUAAAGGCACAAGUCAGUACGGUACUAUUGUAAAUGACAAAAUUAUUUCAGAGUUUCCGUUUAAUCGCUACAAAUACGUGUUCCAAGUGAUAUUAACAGAGCCGCGCGGACAAGGCUUACGGUAAGAACCUUUAAAUAUAAUAUAUUAUAAUAGCUUUUAAAACACCUUUUGACAUUUUAUUUUGUUAUUUUUUGUUAUUUAUUACUUUUCUUGAAGACGCAACUACCUUACUAAAAGAACAAAAUUUUUAACAACAGUUGCACUGAAUAUACUUCGAAUUUAAAAACAAAUCCUAUAAAGGAUGAACGAAAAAAAACGUUUUUAAAAACUGCUAAAUGGCCUUGGCCAGCAAGUUACAGUACUAAUAUUACUGUGUUUUUUAAAUUGAUACUUUCAGAGCCCACAUUGGCUGUUUUUGGGAUCAAGCAAACGACGUUUUGACCAAAUGGCGCUAUAUAAACGUAUGUUUAUUUACGAAUACUACCAUCCUUUAUAUUGCAUACAAUGUUUUAAAAGUAAAGUUGUUUAAUUUUACUUUCAUUUUUAAACACAAAACUUGUUAUACAGCAGUUCCACUGUAUUGGUGAACGUAUUUUACCAAAGCUUUUCAGGACACGAUUUGUUGCGAGAUAAUUGUCUUUGCCAUUCUCACUUACACCUGA